GUGAUCUUCUCUAUAAAUCAGGGUGGUUCUUUUCUUCUUCUCCAUUCACCACGAACUGCAAGUUUAGGUUUUGAUAUAUUGUUGAAAGAUUGUAAGACAUGGAUCCUGCAAGUGAACAGAACAGGUUUGAAUCUGAAAAUGCCGCGGCUGAGGACUAUAGUGCUACUGCUACUUCGUUUGAUCCUAGUCCCUAUAUGUCCCACCAAAAUCAAUUCAUCAAUCCAACCCAAUUUCAGUUUCCGUCCCAUUUCCCUCACAAUAUUCAUGGUAAUUUAGGACCUGGCUAUGGGUUUCAAAGUAUGAUGAGUGCUGCUGUUUCUUCGACACAACCACAAAGCUUUCCUCCUCCGCAAACACAGAAUCAUGUUUACCCUUCACAAGCACCGGACGUUGGCAAUCAGUCCAAAAAGAAACGAAAAAGUAAUCCUUCAACAACUCAAUCAGCCAAUCCUCCUCGGCGGAUUUGGACAACUGAAGAAGACACUGCACUAGUGAAGGCAUAUCUAUACAUUAGUGUUGAUGCAAUAAUAGGAAGGGAGAAGUCAGGUGGCACAAUGUGGAAUCGGAUCUUGAAAGUUUGGAGAGAAAAUAUGGGAACUUAUGAUGAGGACCUUUCAUGGACAUUAUGA